GAUCGGUGCGCCCCACUUGGCCAUGGAGCCGACCCCUGACGCGGAGGAGGCGCGCAGCGUGCGCGAGGCGCUGGGCCGCUACGAGGCGGCGCUGGAGGGCGCGGUGCGCGCGCUGCACGAGGACAUGCAGGGGCUGCAGCGCGGCGUGGAGCGGCGCGUGGCCGAGGCGCUGCGCCUGGCCGGGCCCCUGGCGCGCACCGUGGCCGAGCUGCAGCGCGACAACCAGCGGCUGCAGGCGCAGCUCGAACGCUUGACGCGCCAGGUAGAGGCGCUGGGCUUGGCGAGCGGGCUCUCCCCGGCACCCGGCACCCCCAGCCCGCCGCCCGCGCCCGGGGUGGCAGAGCGAGCACCUCGCCUGGGCACCGCACGCUUUGCCAGCCAUGCCACCUUCUCGCUGUCGGGCCGCAGCCAGAGCGUGGAUCAUGAUGAGGCUGGUGAUCCAGAGAUGAGACGGACCUCAAACUCAGGCAUCAUCGAGAAUGGUCACCAGCUGGGUGCAGGUCCAGGUGACGGACCUCCUGAGAGCGCUCAAACCUCCUCGGCCCCGGAGCCCCCCAAGCCUCGCCCUGUGAGCCUCCCCUUGAGGCUGCCCCACCAGCCUGUCACAGCCACCACUCGAGUGUCUGAGAAGUUCUCUGGAGAGACCACAGCUGCAGCUCUGUCACCCACGUCUGCUGCCAUCUUGGGGGGCUUCAGUCCAAGCCCCAGUGAUACCAUCACCCCUUGGACUCCCAGUCCCACUGAGAAGAAUUCCUCUUUCACUCGGUCUUUGUCCAGCUCUGGGUACGGGGCAGUGACAACAGGAAAACGCAAGGACAGCCCCCCAAUGGUGACCCCACCACAGUCACCUCCAUCCCCACCUCUGCCUGCUACGAUGCAGGCCCCUCGCCAGGGGGAGCGUCGCAGGGAACUGGUGAGGUCGCAGACACUGCCCCGCACCUCAGGUGCUCAGGCCCGGAAGGCACUGUUUGAGAAGUGGGAGCAGGAUACAGCGGGCAAAGGCAAAGGUGAGGCCAGGGCCAAACUGAAGAGGUCACAGAGCUUCGGUGUGGCCAGUGCCAGCAGCAUCAAGCAGAUCCUGCUUGAGUGGUGCCGCAGCAAGACCCUGGGCUACCAGCAUGUGGACCUGCAGAACUUCUCCUCCAGCUGGAGCGACGGGAUGGCCUUUUGCGCCCUGGUGCACUCCUUCUUCCCUGAUGCCUUCGACUACAAUGCCCUGAGCCCCACGCAGCGGCAGAAGAACUUUGAGCUGGCCUUCACAAUGGCCGAGACCCUGGCCAACUGUGAGCGCCUCAUUGAAGUGGAGGAUAUGAUGGUGAUGGGCCGCAAGCCGGACCCCAUGUGUGUCUUCACCUACGUCCAGUCGCUGUACAACCACCUGCGGCGCUUUGAGUAAAGCCACAGGCCCCGAGAGCCCGGGAAGAGACUGCGGGGCUGCUCGCGUUCCCAGGGGCCGUCUGACCCCCGAGAAGAGCUGCCUCUGGUGUACACUCGUUGUUUGUUCUUUCGCUUGUGACUGUGUGCCCCUCACACCCAGUUACUGAUUAAAAGUACAGGCUGCGCCGAGCCGAGCCUGAUGUCCGCCAAGGGCUCAAAGGAAAAGGAAAAACUCCCAGAGUGAGAGAAAUUGGUGCUAAGUAAUGAUCUUCCUUCCUCCAGAAAAUGCUUGCCUGUGUAGCUUCUGGAAUACUAAAUUAUGGUUUUCCCUCUGAUGAAUUUAGGUACAUUGGCUUGAGAGGGUUCCAUUGAUUACCAAGUGUAUUUCUUUUCUUUUUCUUCUUUUUUUUAAUCAAAAUACCCAGAGUUUUUUUUACUUCCUCACACUAUUGUUGGUCUUUUUCCUCCCUCCCUCUGGGCCACUGCCAGGAAAAAGACACUUAAUUCAACAGCUUGACAUAGCAGACCCAAGUCUUGGGCAGAAACAGUUUAAUCAAACCCAGGUCCUGGGCAGCACAUGACUGUCAAGUCACCUCUCCUCUGUGGGGAGAUGGGUGGGCUCUUAUCUGGGUCCUGAGGGGCUCCUGGUCUUCGUAGGAGACACUGGCUGAAAGAAUAGGCCCUUUGUGCUCAGAGUUUUUAUUCACAUCUUUUUAUAGGUGAUUUGCUGCAAGUAUUUGUAAAAAGGAUUCCACCUGUACCAUUGACCUGUUUGUACAUAAAAAGAUGUCUUGAACUUU